UUUCUUAGAGUAGCUUGUUGUCACUUGGACCCGAAUAAGCUCAUGCCAUGUGGAAUGUGUGGAAUGGGGAUCUCCUCUUUAAUACUUCACGGGCGGCGUCUCAAAAAUACACUGAGCCCAGACCCCAAGGUGAGAGGACACCAUCUUUGUCCGUGGCUGAGGCUUUGGUGGACUACGUUUCCCAGAGUCCAUAGCGACCCGACAUUGCUCCCAACUCUAGCUUUAGCCGACUCGGACGCGGACGCCUUCUAGGAGAACGAAGGACUCUUCAUUUAUCCAGAGAGAGAAAUCAGAAUAGGUCAGGUUGUCCUGAACGCCAUGGCCCUUCAGAGAACAGUGACCUUUGAGGAUGUGACUGUAGAGCUCUCUGAGGAAGAGUGGAAGUGCAUGGAGCCUGCCCAGAGGGACUUGUACAGAAAUGUGACAUUGGAGAACUUCAGUCAUCUGGUCUCACUAGGACUUGUUGUUUCUAAGCCUGAUGUCAUCCUCUUAUUGGAGCAAGGGAAAGAGCCAUGGAUGGUUACAAAUUUUAUGACACGUCCUUGGCACCCAGACUUGGAGACAAAGUGCGAGAGAGUUCCCCGGAAAGGGCUUUUUGAAAUAGAGUCAUUCACAUGGGAGGGAAUGAGAAGCUUGCGGCAGCAGCACCGUGGCUUUGAGGACCCCCACCUCACCGAUGACUGGGCGUGCACAGACCGCUGUGAGAGACUGCGCACAAGUCAGGAGUGUCACUUCAAGCAAGUGGAAACCCAAUGUGAAAGUGUUGGUGCUGUCAAGUGUCACACACCUGUCACACUACUGCAUGGGAACGGCAGGACUGCAGCGGAGAGAGUGACCGGAUGUAGUGAGCGAGGGGAAGUGGUUAGCUGCCUCACCCAGCAGCACCUGCAAACUCAUCAUGCUGAAAAGCCCUUUGAGGGUACGGAGUAUGGGAGGGCGUUCGGUCAAGCCUCAAACCUUGUCCAGCAUCAGAGAAUCCACUCAGGUGAGAAGCCCUGUGCGUGCAGGGCGUGUGGGAAGGCCUUUGGUCAUCCAUCAGACCUCACUCUCCACCAGAGACUUCAUACUGGUGUCAAAUCUUAUGCAUGCCAAGAGUGUGCAAGGACUUUCAGGCAACAGUCGCAGCUAAUCCUGCACCAAAAAACUCACACAGGUGAGAAGCCCCACGUCUGUAAAGACUGCGGGAAGGCUUUCCUUCAUGGGUCCCAGCUUACUGUCCAUUGGAGAAUCCACACGGGGGUUAGGCCCUAUCAGUGUAAAGAAUGUGGGAAGGCCUUCAGACAACACUCCCAGCUCACCGUACACCAGCGGCUCCACACCGGCGAGAAGCCCUACGAAUGUAAGGACUGUGGGAAGGGCUUUAUCCACCGCUCGGAAGUCACUCGGCAUCAGAGGAUCCACUCUGAGGAGAAACCCUACGAAUGUCAGGCAUGUGGGAAGGCCUUCAGACAGCAUGCUCAGCUCAGGCAGCAUCAGACGGUCCACACUGGUGACAGACCCUAUGUGUGCAAGGAGUGUGGAAAGACCUUUAGUCGUACUUCGUACCUUAUUCAGCAUCAAAGAAUCCACACAGGCAAGCGGCCGUAUGAGUGUCAGGAGUGUGGGAAAGCCUUUAUUCGAGCAUUCCAGCUGACUCGUCAUCAGAGAAUUCAUACAUAUGAGAAGCCCUAUGUAUGCAGGGAGUGUGGAAUGGCUUUUAUUCGAAGUUCACAACUUACUGAACAUCAGAGAAUUCAUCCUGGUAUCAAACCUUAUGAAUGUAAAGAGUGUGGGCAGGCCUUUAUCCAUGGCUCACAGCUCAUCGACCACUACCGAAUUCACACUGACUAGGGUCCCGGCAUAGAUCGGCCUUUAGUCAACGUUCACACCUGGUCAGGGUUACAUCGCCCCCAGAGUAACUAAUGUUGUGAAAACUUCGUUCAUCUCAUCUGUAACAGGUUAUCAGAAAAUGUAAUACCAGGAGAAAGACCAUUAAUGUGGACAUUCCUUUUUCCUCAUUCACUGGUUACUAAGCAGCAGCAAACCUGUGCUAAAAAUAACUUGAUAUGAAUGUAGAAAAGGCUUUUAUUACCUAUCAAAAUAUGUUCAGUCUCUGAGAAUCCCACAUAGAUGGCCAUCAUGAUUAAAAGAUUAUUGGUUUGGUGUGGGAAUUGAACUCGGGACCAUCAGGUGAUGUAUUCUGUUACACAACUGGCACCUUCAUUCAAACAGAAAUACUAAUGGGUUUUGUUUUGUGGCAGAGUCUCUCUAUAUAGCCUCGGCUAUCCUAGAACUCAAAAUCAUCCAGCCUCAGCCUCACACGAGGUUCAUAGGCGUGAACUUAUGGCAUACCUUAAAGCACUUUGGUAGCAUUUGGUUUCCAACAUUGGUUUUAAAAUGACAAUUUUAAGCCUGGUUUGGUGAUACUUGCUUCAGAUUGGCAAUAGUCAGCGGCUGAAACGUGAAGAUCCCAAGUUCCAGACAGGCCUGAAUUAUGUGGCAAGACCCUGUCUGGGGGACAAAGGAGAGGGGUGACAGAGUGGGGUUUAAAAAGUAAAUCCAGGACUGGAGAGCUGGCUCAGAGCACUGACUGCUCUUCCAGAGGUCCUGAGUUCAAUUCCCAGCAACCACAUGGUGGCUCACAACCAUCUGUAAUGGGAUCUGAUGCCCUCUUCUGGUGUGUCUGAAGACAGCUACAGAGUACUCACAUAUAUAAAUAAAUAAAUCGU